AUGGCCAGCGUUUCCCUAGGCUGGACAGCCAGAUACUUGGAACAUAAUAAAGAUGCAAUGCUCACUGAAAUUUGGUUUGCUCAUUCUGGUAACCUAGAGACUGAAGUAAACAAAAGUACCUCUGAGACAGCCAACAAGGAGACCUGUAAAAUUGAUGGCUCCCUAACCGAUGCUGCUGGUGAAACACUCACAAAAGAAAGAUUUUCUCCAGCCAGAAUGUCAUCUGAGAAGCCCACUGAGCUAGUUCAGUAUGUUCCCAAGGAUCAGGCUUUUCUUCCUGCCAUUCCAGGGAAUCAGAGAUGUCCACUAGAAGAGCGACUAUCUACCCUGGAAAGAACUCUUAAUCCAGGGAAUAAGAGGUGUCCUCUAGAAGACCGACUCUCUAGCCAGGAAAGAACUAUAGCUGUUCUUCUUGAACAGGCUUUUCGCAUCAAGGAGGACAUCUCAGCUUGUCUUCAAGGGAGCCAGGGAUUCCAAAAGGAGGAAACGAUGGCCCGGCAACUACUAGAAAACCACAUCCAGACUAUCACCAGCAUUGUCAAAAAGCUCAGCCAAAACAUUGAGAUUCUAGAAGAACAAAUAAGGGCCCGAGACUCCGUGACCAGUGAAACUAAUUAUGCUACCCAGAGUUUUAACCAGAAUCAUCUACACGGGAUAGGAGAACUCCGUGGAAGAGUGGCUAGGUGUGAUGCAAGCAUUGCAAAGAUCUCAGGAGAUGUGAAUGUCAUCAGGCAUGAGUACCAGACAGUUGAGAAAGAUAUUCAAGCACUCAGGUCUGUCCUGGAAUCUUUUUGCAAAACCGUGGAUGUGAAGGUAAUACAGCUAUUAGGAAGGAUAGACACUUACAGCUUGGAGCAAACCUCAAAUUUAAAGACAAUCCAGGGGGAUAAUAACCAUGAAUUGCAACUUCUGAAUUUCAAAUUAAAUACACUUGCAAAUGAGCUCCGUGAACAAGUUCAGAACCAACAGAAGUGGAUAGAAAAUCAGCUUAUGAAAUCUGAAAAACAACAAUUCUAUCAUAUAAACCAAUUUCUCAGCACCAUAAAUGAGAAAAUGGAAGAAACAAAAAACAAUCUGGAAAGCAAAGUGCAGGAGCUAAUAAUAAAAUCAGAAAAGUUACUAAACCCGGAGAGAUUUCAAAUGGAAUUGAAUAAAGUGAAGUUUGCAGAAAACAAGCUGUAUAAAAAGAUAAAUCGAAUAGAGAAGCAGAUAUGGGAAGAACUGAACAAAAUCCAAAAUGACUACCAAUCAGGGUUUCAAUCGAUCCGUGGCUCUCUUGAGUCCCUCCAACAAAUACAGAAGGCAAAGAUCCAGUUAGAGAAAUAUAAAUUCCAAAAAGACAUAAACAAGCUGCACCGCCAAAUAGUGGAACUUCAAGAAAUGUAA